AUGACUAAAAGGAUAUUGAUGCUACAUGGGCUAGCCCAAACUGGUCCAUAUUUUAAUUCCAAGACUAGAAAUUUUCGUACAGCAUUGGAAGGAUUAGGGUACGAAUUAUUUUAUCCAACAGCGCCUAAUAGAUACCCAGCUGCUGAUAUACCUACUGACCUAUUAGACUCUGUUGCCACGGAACCGAACUCGAAUGAAGUUGUUGCUUGGAUUGAAAAUGAUGAAGUGAAUCAUACCUACUUCUUGCCUAAGACCACAAUCAAUUUUUUACAUGAUUAUGUUUGUGAGAAUGGACCAUUCGAGGGAGUCGUUGGUUUUAGUCAAGGUGCUGGUGUCGCUGGAUAUCUGAUGACAGAUUUUAAUGGCCUACUAGGAUUAACAUCUGAGGAACAACCUACUUUGAAAUUUUUCAUGUCCUUCAGUGGAUUUAGAUUUGUUCCAGAAACUUACCAGGAACAAUACAAUAAUCAUAUCAUCGCCAUUCCUUCCUUACACGUAAAAGGUGAAUUAGAUACAGUCACAGAACCAUGGAAGAUAGAAUCUCUUUAUAAUUCUUGCUUAGAGGAUUCUAGGACAAUUCUGAUGCAUGGUGGUGGCCAUUUUGUUCCAAAUGCUAGAGGGUUUGUUAAGAAAGUUGUUGACUGGCUACAAACAGUGACGCAAGAGGAAAAUUGA